UGUCCCUUGUUAACAACCCUUAUAAAACUAUUUCUGCAUCGCCUCUUUCUCAGCAUCACAGCAACAGUUUCAAGAAAUAGUUCAACUUUGAUUGAUUUGGAAUAUUCAAGAAUUCCCUCUGCGCAAGAGGUUGUAGCCAAAAGAGAGAUUAAUUAUUGUUUGGCAUCAUCAAGUUUUGCUCUAAGAUUUGUGAUAAGCAAUGGAGAGGUCAAUGGCAUACGAAAGACACCUAAAUCUAAAGGCAACAGAACUGAGAUUAGGGUUGCCUGGAAGCGAUGAGCCAGAGAAACCAUCAACUACUCCUAGUGUUAGGAGUAACAAGAGAGCAUCACCAGAAAUAUCAGAGGAGUCUAGGUCCAAGGGCAGCUCUAGUCUGUCCUUCAAUGUUGAAAAUUGUGAAGGAGAUGGUGCCCCUCCUGCCAAGGCACAAGUAGUGGGAUGGCCACCAAUCCGAUCUUACAGGAAAAAUUGCUUGCAGCCAAAGAAAAAUGAUCGUGUUGAUGGUGCUGGAAUGUACGUCAAAGUAAGCGUGGAUGGAGCUCCUUAUCUCAGGAAGAUUGAUCUUAAGGUGUACAGGAGCUACCCAGAGCUCCUCAAAGCAUUGGAAGAUAUGUUCAAGCUUACCAUCGGAGAGUACUCGGAGAAGGAAGGAUACAAUGGAUCUGACUUUGCUCCUACUUACGAAGAUAAAGAUGGAGAUUGGAUGCUUGUUGGAGACGUUCCAUGGGACAUGUUUAUCUCCACCUGCAAGAGGCUGAGAAUUAUGAAGGGAUCAGAAGCCAGAGGAUUGGGUUGUUAACAAAAAGUAUAUACAGAACACAAUUGUUCAAAACGUGUCAACGAAAGGAGAUUUGGAGAUAUUUAGGACAAGAGUAAUUUGCCUUGGGGUUCUACAAGAGAUUGUGAGGUCUCUCAAGGUUACUGUAAUAGGAACAGAAACACAUAUGAUCAGAUGUUUUUUUCUUUUCCCUUCUCCGUGUAGCUUGAUUUUGCCUUCAUUUUGUUUUUGUUUUCUAAAAUCAUAAAGAAUUAAUACAGCUGGGAAAGAGAAUAAAUGGAAAUUCUCGAGAUCCAACUGCACAGAGAAAAUGUAUCGCUUUCUUCCUAGAUUUGGAUAUGUAUCAAUUACACUACAGAUACCAAAGAUUAUACUUUUUUUUU